CAGAUAGCAUGCCACAAGACAUGCGAUGAGCCUGAAGCAGCGACCUGAACGUCGGCAUUCAGAGACAACAUCAUGGCCGACACUGACGCAUUCAUUCCCGGUCUCCAUAAGCCGUCUUCAUUGCUUCCGAUCGCUCGUCAUCGCGAUGCUUUGCUCUACACAAUCGAGCAACACCCAGUCACAAUCUUGAUCGGCCAGACCGGAAGUGGCAAGACUACGCAACUACCACAAUAUCUCGACCAAGCAGGCUGGUGCUCGGACGGCAAAUGCAUGGCCAUUACUCAACCCCGCCGGGUCGCGGCGACUACAGUGGCCAAGCGGGUUGCCGAUGAGAUGCGCUGUCCUCUAGGCCAAGACGUUGGCUAUAGCAUCAGAUUCGAGGAUGUCACGUCUGACGCCACAAGGAUCAAGUUUUUGACCGACGGGUUGCUUCUCAGAGAGGCCCUUGUGGAUCCCUUACUGUCACGAUAUCGUGUCAUCAUGGUAGACGAAGCACACGAACGCAGCCUGAGUUCUGAUGUUCUGCUUGGUCUCCUCAAAAAGAUCCAGAAGCGAAGAUCAGACCUCAAGAUUAUCAUCAGCUCUGCAACGUUGCAUGCCGAGCGAUUUCUGGAGUUCUUUGGGCUUGCGGAUGCGCAAAAGGGCGAAGAGAUCGACAAACCUCACGCGUCUAUUGUCAGUGUCGAAGGAAGAGCCUAUCCAGUCGACAUCCACUACUUGACGAGCCCUUGCGAGCAAUAUCUCGAGCGUGCGGUAUCAGUCGUGUUCGACAUUCACCGAAGCGAGCCAGAUGGCGACAUAUUGGUUUUCCUGACGGGACGCGAAGAGAUUGAAAAGGCGAUGGAGGCAGUGGCUGAUCGCCUACCACAGCUUGACGCAGACGCGCCCACCCUGCUUGCGCUCCCCCUUUACGCGGGCCUGAGCACUGAACAGCAAAUGUAUGUCUUUGAACCAAGUUCGGAGAACACACGCAAAGUCAUCUUCGCAACAAACAUUGCAGAAGCCAGUGUGACGAUAGAUGGCAUCGUGUACGUGAUCGACUGCGGAUUCGUCAAGCUGAGGGCAUACAAUCCGCAUACAGGCAUAGAGGCCCUUACGACGACUCCAAUCUCGAGAUCUUCGGCUACGCAGCGGGCAGGCCGGGCAGGGCGCACCAAAGGAGGCAAAUGCUAUCGCCUGUACACCGAGGAAGCAUUCGACUCCAUGGACGAAGCCACUAUACCUGAAAUUCAACGCUCUAAUCUUGCCCCACUGGUCCUGCAGCUGAAAGCACUGGGCAUUGACAAUAUCGCACGUUUCGACUUCAUCACUCCCCCACCCGCGGAACUGAUCAUCCGGGCUCUGGAGCUACUCUUCUCACUAGGCGCUCUGGACGACUACGCGAAGCUGACAAAACCACUGGGGACAAGAAUGGCAGAACUCGCCGUGGAGCCAAUGCUCGCCAAAUGUCUGCUAGGCGCUCCGGCAUUCGAUUGUCUCUCGGAAAUGCUUACUAUUGCCGCCAUGCUCAGCUUACAAGGCAGCUUAUGGAUAUCGCACGAUAGUAAGAAAGCCGAAGAGACUGCACGCAGGAGAUUCGCCGUUGAACAAGGCGAUCAUCUGACGCUAUUGAAUGUCUACCAAGCCUUCGUCACCAAGGGGAAGAAAGAGUCUCGAUGGUGUCAACAGCACUAUCUCAAUUUCAAGGCUUUGACUCGAGCAGUCAGCAUCCGCAAUCAGCUGCGCCGUUACUUGGAACGAUUCGGCAUUGAUGUUACUGAAUCGUUGAGCGGAGAUGGAGUGAUCAGAGUUGGUGGCCGAUCGAAAGAAGAAUCCAUCAGACGAUGCUUGGCCAGUGGGUUCUUUGCGCAUGCUGCGCGCAUGAUGCCCGAUGGGACUUUCAAGACUGUGGACGGUGCGACGACACUGCAUGCUCAUCCGUCAAGUCUGAUGUUCAAUCGCAAAGCCGAUUGGGUCAUUUUCAAUGAAGUGCUGGAGAGCGGCGAGAAGACCUUCAUUCGCGAGGUCACAAAAAUCGAGAAGGCGUGGCUGUUGGUAUAUGGACCGGAGUAUUACAGAGUCAAGCAGGCGGCAUGAGAGAAAAGCAACCAGGCUGCAGCUGUGCUGAGCCCGUGGGUAUCAUACUAAUAUACUACUGCAAAUGCUAAAAAUCCCAUUGUCCUGUGAUGGGUAAGGCGCGCUUUCCAUGGCAUCUGUUCGAAGCGACAGCGCCAACAGAUGAGAACCGUUCAAGUCAUCUCAAACGAGAUCAGCCUCUCCUCUCUUCUUGUAGACUCUCGCGCUCAUAGGCCGUUCGUGCGAUCUCUUCUAGAAUAUCGCCCAUAAUCACCGGACUAGCCAUCAAGCCAUGUCCUUCGCCCUCCAGAAUGCGCACCUCGCAACCACCUCUCGCAGUGGAGACCCAGCUGUCUCUACUGUCUCUCCCGGAGCCUCUUUCAAUGGUGGCCCCCAAUGCCCUUCGGUUCAUCUGCUCUGCCAGCCACUUCACGUUUGCGACUGGGACACGCUUGUCCUCAGAACCAUGAGUGAUGACUACUU